AUGAACCAACACCACAAUUUCAUUGGUCCACUCAAUUCAUUUAAUGAGACUCAACAAUACAUUGACCUAGUUGAAGGCGUUGAAAGCACAGCUUUAUUCACCAGAACUCAAGGUGCAGAAAAUCAGAUACCACAGGAAGAACAACUCUCAAAGUCGCUGAUUUUAGGAUCUUCCUUCCCAUAA